GUGUGUGUAUAGUGAGUGUGUGUGUGUGUGUGUGUGUGUGAUCUUCAGAAGCUCCGGCUGUAGGAAAGGUGUGGCUGCUGAGUAAAGCCUGCUGUCAUAAACUCACUCAGCACAGAGCGACGGCGCGAGAGGAGCUGUUCACACUCUCAUACACUCGCGCAAACAAUCACACACACUCAUUCACAUAUACAUAAACUCUCACAAACUUUCACACUCUCAGAGGAGCAGCGCUUUACAGAUUCUUCUUCUCAAGCUGUCGGACUUCCAGACAUGUGCUGAAAUACUCUGCUUGAUCAUAAAUAAACUUACCGAACACACUCAUUCUCACACCACCGGAAGUUUUCGCAUUGCCCGCAUGGCGCACCCCUAUGAGCCGUGGUUGCGUGCGGCGCCCCCCGGAGGCCCAGAGGAAGUGGGAAUGUCUGGCUGGUGGGAUCUGCACGGUGGCGCUGGUGGAUGGAUGGACCUGCAGGGGGCACCAGGUCUGGGAGGUGGGGGGAUGGGUCAAAGUGGUUCGAUGGGCCUGCAGCCACCUGUAAGCUCUUACAAUCCCGAGGCCCAGAUGUGCUGCCUGCCGCCGUCCCCCCACCCGUCCCCACUGUACCCGCCUGACGGCUUCAAGAUGGAGCCGCUAGCACCGGAUAUGCUGCACCCAACUGGCGUCUCAGCGUCGUUUUCCCUGGAGGAGCCACAAGAGGGCGCCAGCGGCUCGGGUUCCGGUAGACCCAAACCCACCCGACGCUCCGGAAGCAGAGCUCCGGGUCAGACCGCCUGCCGCUGCCCAAACUGCCUCAGCGCAGAGUCACUCGGAACAGCAGCUACCGGCAGUGAUGACGACAAGCGCAAACACCUUCAUAACUGCCACAUUCCGGGCUGCGGAAAGGCCUACGUGAAGACGUCCCACCUGAAGGCUCACCUGCGCUGGCACAGCGGCGACCGGCCCUUCGUCUGUAACUGGCUGUUCUGCGGGAAGCGCUUCACACGAUCCGAUGAGCUGCAGCGCCACCUGCAGACGCAUACGGGCGCCAAGCGCUUCGGCUGCAGCGUGUGCCCGCGCGUCUUCAUGCGUUCUGACCACCUGGCCAAACACAUGCGAGUGCAUGAGUCACCAUGCCAACAGUCCGAUGAGCAGGGGGGCGGGGACAAUGAGUCGGCUCCAUCUGGUGACACAGCAGCGCCCUCUGCAGGAGGAACCCCUGUCCUGCGUCUGAAGAGCGAGGCUGAGACGGGUGGAGAUGAGACUGUGGCACACAGCAGUUAACUGCAAUUCUGCUAAUGCUAACACUGAACAUUACGCUACUGUUAACACUGUUGAUCUGUAAGAACAUGAAGUUGCUAACACUGAUUAUUGCAGACGGUUAACAACAAGCAUCACAGAGGUGUUAGCACUGCUAGCAUCACAAGGUUAAGACUACAUAUAGUACUGACUGUUGGCAUUGUUAGCAUCACCUGGUUAGGAACAUAGAAAAUCACUGGGGAAAUAGAGAUUUUAGCUCAUUAACACCAGACAUUUUUUGUGGAUAAUGUUGUGAACACUGCUUGCAUCACAUGUAAAGACUAGACAUCACCAACUACUACUAUCACUAUUAGCAUAACUUUGUUAUAAUAGAUAUAGCUUAUUUAAUUGUUAGCAUCAUUAGCUUCACUUGUUUAGCCGCAGAUAUCUCUGACUGUGGUCAGUACUAGUACUGUAAGCAUCAUUUUGGCAACUCUAGUUUUUACAUGUUAAUGUUACUGUUUGCAUUAGUAGCAUCACCUGAUGUUUCAGAGCACUGCUACCAUUAGCACUGUUAGCAUUACUUUAAGAGUGGAUGUCACUGACUAAUGUAAAUGCUAGCACUGUCAUUAGUUAGCACUGGGUAUUACUACUACUGCUGUUAGCACAGUUGAUGGAUGAGGCAGUGGUUAGCACUACUAGCAUCACCUGGUUAAACUCUGAAAGUGAAAAGGUUUUGUUAGCACGGUUAUCACUGAUUCUACACUACUGGGCAAAGGUUUUAGGACAAACAUUGAACUGGGGACAGAAGUGAGUCUAUAAACUGUCUCUCCAUCUCCACUGUUUAAUCACAGUAGUUAGCUUUAGCCCUGGGCUAAUAUUACCACAUUUUUAUUUCCCCCAAAAUCAGUUAAUGAUCCUAUUCAGCUAUAUCAUAAGAAGGAGGCGGAGCUAUACUUAGGAAUGAAGUGAUUUUUAGGCAGAGCUGUUGUGUAGCUGUUAACUAAUUAAUUAUUUAUUGUUGUUUGUCUUUGGGUGAUAUAGUGCUGUUGGUGCAUCAUCAGUUUUUUCACUUUGUACAAAGUUUUUUAUUUUACUUUAUUUCAGUAAAUCUGAUCUAGCCAGUGUGCUCUAAUUAGCUGUUAGCCAGUCAGCUAGCAUUAGUGCUCAGUAGUAUUAAUACUCUGUAGUGUUAGUGCUCAGUAGUAUUAGUGCUCAGUAGUAUUAAUACUCUGUAGUGUUAGUGCUCAGUAGUAUUAGUGCUCAGUAGUAUUAAUACUCUGUAGUGUUAGUGCUCAGUAGUAUUAAUACUCUGUAGUGUUAGUGCUCAGUAGUAUUAGAAUACUCUGUAGUGUUAGUGCUCAGUAGUAUUAGUGCUCAGUAGUAUUAAUACUCUGUAGUGUUAGUGCUCAGUAGUAUUAGAAUACUCUGUAGUGUUAGUGCUCAGUAGUAUUAAUACUCUGUAGUGUUAGUGCUCAGUAGUAUUAGUGCUCAGUAGUAUUAAUACUCUGUAGUGUUAGUGCUCAGUAGUAUUAGUGCUCAGUAGUAUUAAUACUCUGUAGUGUUAGUGCUCAGUAGUAUUAGUGCUCAGUAGUAUUAAUACUCUGUAGUGUUAGUGCUCAGUAGUAUUAGAAUACUCUGUAGUGUUAGUGCUCAGUAGUAUUAGAAUACUCUGUAGUGUUAGUGCUCAGUAGUAUUAGUGCUCAGUAGUGUUAGUGCUCAGUAGUAUUAAUACUCUGUAGUGUAAGUGCUCAGUAGUAUUUGUGCUCGGUAGUAUUAAUGCUUGGUGAUAAGGGUAUUUGUGGUAGUGUUAGUAUUCAGUAGUAUUAGUGCUCUGGAGUAUAAAUACUCGGUAGUGUUAGUAUUCAGUAGUAUUAGUGCUCUGGAGUAUAAAUACUCGGUAGUGUUAGUAUUCCGUAGUAUUAGUGCUCGGUAGUAUCGAGCAGAAGCUUGGGGUUAAACUGGAUUAAACUGAACUGUUUACAAACUGGAAAGCAGGCGUGUCCUAAAACUUGUGACCUGUAAUGUAGUGAUUAGUGAAUGAGACUGAAUGCUGUUUACAUUAGUGCUGCUUUAAAAACACGGACAGAAUCACACUCAGAAAUAAACAUCAGCUGAUCUAUUCUUUUUUUAUAUAAAUAAUUUAUUAAGAACUUUAUAAACUGUUACACAAUUCACUGCAUCAGUUCAUAAGUAUAUUAAUAUAUAAUAACUCAUAUAUAGUAUAAUAUAUAAUAUAUACACUAUUCACCCGGGAACUUUCAUCAGCCACUGCGUUCCACUCGGGGUUUUUACUCAUUUCUAAUUUAUUAGUCAGUAGUUUUGUAUUAAUAAUAACAGAGGUCCACCUGCACUGCCACACUCCAACCACAGGGGGCAAUAUCACCUGUUCCAGUUCAGGAAGUGUUUCUGCAGGUUGUUGACAGAAGUUUAGUAGAUUUUAAAAUCUGUAGCUGAUUUUAUUUUAAUAUUUUAAUAAAAUAGUGUUUCUGAUAUUUUUCACUCUGUGGAUGAAAUGUAGAAUAAAUAUAGAGUAAUAUUUCUGUUCUGUCGUUUAUGAACAGUUUUUAUGAAGUUAUGGUAAUAUUGUAAGAAAUCUAAGUGUAAGGUGUUACAGGUGGGUUAGCAGGUAGUGUUUAAAAAUUAUC